AUGGCGUGGUUCGGUGACGGGCUGCCUAGCUUGUCGAAUUUAAAGGGACAAUUAACAAGCUUUACGAAGGAAGUCUUAUCGGAGGGCAUUGUGGAGGAAAUGGGUAUGUGUAAACUUCCUCAAAUCAUGUAAUCAACGUGAAUCAUAGUCUAUUAUCGCGUAACGUAAAUUACUAACGACUGUCAAUGUAAGAGUUUGUUUUAUCGAGCGAGUAUGACACAAAGUGGCGGGAAAUUCGAAACGUAAAGACGAAACGUAACUUCAAACAGUAAAUAUCAUUAUUUAUGGUUUUGUCACAAGUAAUUAUUCUAAACUCUUUUGCAUAGACGAGCGAUCGAGAGCAUUGAAGGAAGCAAACGAGAAAUGCGUCGAGUUGCAAGAAAUAUUAAACUCGAAAGACGCUGAAGUAAGUAUUUUAUUUUUGGAAUCGCUAAUUAAUAAUUUAUUAACUAUCAUCUAUUUUUAACUGUCCUCUUUUUACAUAAGAAUGCCAUUAAAAAUAUCGUGAAAAAAAAAUGAUCUUAUUAUAGACUGUAUGUAUAAAUAUUAUAAUGUUCCAAAUAAUUUUCUGAAUUUUCUAGCUAGCUGGAUAUAAAAUUGCUUUGUUUAUUUCUACAUUUUACUAA